AAGGACGAGGUGUUGGCCAGAGUGAGUAUAGAUGCAUAUCGAUCUGAUAUGUAGUCGAGCUGAAGGUGGGAUGUCAUUUUUCCGGCGCAGAUACCUGACGACCUGGUGGACCUGGUACAGAACGCCAUGCGCACGGUACUUCUACCUUCAACGCCAUUCCCGCCAUUCCGAUCGAGCGCUUCCAACUUCAAGGCGGGCGGGCUUCCGCCGAGUCGGAGCUGGGAUUCGCGACGCCCAUCCUUGCCGGCCACGCUCAGCACUUGGGGAGGCUCGACUCCGAAUCUAUCGGCGGGUUCCAUCUCCAACCCGUCCUCUCAGCGAUCACUCAUCGACGAAGCCCGAAUUCAGACUAUCGUAUUCGACAUCUUGGCUCUUCCGACUGUGCCCAACACGCGCGAACUGCUGAUCGAGUGGAUCCGCCGGACUCGCAGGCGGCGACUAGUUGACGCCACGGGAUGGUGGGUCGCGAUGGACGAAGAGCAAAGCGGAGUCGACGUUGUCGAUGCGGCGCUCAACCUCAUCGAGUCUGGUUGCAUGGACAAGCAUCACUUUCACCUUGUGUCGGUAUUCGAGCAGGUCCGUCAAGCUUUCCUGCUACCUGAACGAUCUGAUAGAGUGGUCAGGAGGAUCAAAGCCAUUCGUCAGGCUGCGCUGAGAUCGCAAGAGGAGAACGACAGAUGGCGACGAAAGAAGGCAACUCCAGUCAAAGCUGUCCCAGACGAGCAGCCUGUCGUCGUCCAUGAACCUGUCAAGUCUACUGGCUUCGUUAUCAUGCGACCUAUGGCUAUCCGAAGCGGUACCGCGCUACAGCUCGUAACCGAUAUGCCGCCGCCACUACCUUUGGGCGCAGCUCUGCCGCCUCUGACAGAGUCGCUACCAGUGCAAUCGAGCGAAGACGGCUCGGAAACGAGUCCUUCUCCACCGGUGACCAGAGAAGCAUCUGAUCCUGAACAGCCGGGGAAUAACGAAUCAGAACCGAGUACAGCGGUACAAGAUACGUUUGUCGUGCGAGACCUCGCCAGCGAAUUCAAAUCUGAGGCCGCUCUUCCCAGUCCGCUCGAGAUGCCCCAGCAAACCACCCGACAUCGCAAGGGAAUGAGCAAGAUGUCGGUAUUUUCUUCCGAAACAGCAUUGGAGAUGGCAUCAAUCUUUGCCACUCGAGAUUCAGCGUCCCGCACGUCUCAUCGGUCAUUGACGUCACCUGAACCUGAGACCGAGCCGAUCCCUAAGCUGUCGACGCUGGCGGAAGAAUCACCUCGGCUGACGUCUGAAACCGAUCCCAUUGACGGUCUCAAAACGCAUUCGCCGGCAAGAAGCAGAUUGCAGAGUGUUCCCUUGUCGGACGAGGUACUGUCGGAUGGCGAGACUGUGGCACGGGAAUCGUUCGACGUCGACGUAGAUGAAGGAGAAAUUUCGCCGUUUCCCAAGGCUACUUCGCCUCCACGGCCGAUCCCGGAUCGAAGCACUAGCUUGCAGCAAAAUAUGCCCUCUACUUCCACCCAACCGAACUCUCCGAUUACACCUGCUCUCGGAUCGAUCUUGAAACGCACUCCGGCAGCCACGCCAGACCCGAGCCGCUUCGUUUUAACGAUGCCCUCGACGUUGUCGCAAGUCUUGAAUCUCUUCGAGCCUGGAACGAGCAAUCUCGCUGCAGGUCUUAGCCCGGGCAUGCUCGAGAUUGAGCUUUUGAGGAUUAUCGAGUCGGAACGACAAAAAGUCUCGCUUCAGGGCCAAGCUUGGAGCCGACAAGAUACCGUGCGAGUGGGUUGGCUCCUAGAGGAGAUUCGGUCGACAGUGAGUCGUGGCGAUCCCGAAAGAUCUAUCUUUCUUGCACACUACUAACGGUCUUCGCAUUGUGCAGCUUGGUCUCCCUCAGAUCGACCACAUCUUCGACCGGGUCCGAUGCUCCUUGGUCUCUCACUGUUUGGAGUCCAGCGCCACCG